AUGACCUUCUGCUUAGAUACACUCUCCCAAGCCUUUUUUGCCCUCCCCACACUUCCCUCUCCCAUAGGCCCAAACUCCACCUGGGCGGCCCCGCAGCUGUGGGCCAACCGGCAUUUUAACGUUACACCCGAGCCACCACCCACCUGCCGGAGCGCACUCUCCCUCCUCCGUCUCCGUCGGCUCCUCUUUUUUGCUGAGUCAUGUUUUCCAGGAAACUCACACACGCUGAUCGCCACGAGGAGCAACGGAGACCGCAGCCGCAACACGGAGCAGGACCAUCACAGGCGCUGCCCCCAGAGGACGCUGACUGCUCCCGCAGAUGGCUGCUGGCCUGGGGAUAACAUCACAUUUCCUCAAAAUAACAAUAAACCAAAACAGGACCUCCAGCCCCGCAGCAGCAGUGAAAUUUCCACCUGCUCUGUGGCAGACCUGGGCUCGGAGGUGGAGGCGGAUGGCCAAUAUAACAUCUUGGUGCCCGCGCCCCCGGUCCAUCAGAACCGGGAGGGCGCUCUCGCUGGCUCGGUGGCGGCUCCAUACAUAGCUAGAGAGUCUGUGAAAAACCAGGGAAUUAAAAUGAUGAGAAAACAAGGUCACAAAGUCAACAUGACAGACCCACAUUCUAACUCUGAUUUCCCCUCACAGUCUCUUAUACAGCGAUCGGGAGCGCGCGCCGAGCCGGGCGAUCCUCCCGUUAGGGGCGCGGGCCCCGCUGCAGCCUCUGACCCGGUCUGCCACCGUCCCCCUGACAGCAACAAGCUGCGGGGCUGGCACCCGGGCCAGCAGCUUGACGGGCACCUCCCCCCAUCAGUUCCGGGAAAUCUGAGAAAAUUCUGCAACUCAGAUUCAUGGCCAAAAAAGCUCACUCGGCCUUCCCAAAUGCACCCAUAACAGACAUAUCACUAUCGGUACAGGAGCACACACAUAAUAAAAACAUAAAGUUAAUUCACAACACAUAAUACACACACUUUAUUAAGGUUAAAUAUACAUCGACACAUACUUACCUCGGCACCAUAAACCAUAACACUAAGUAAAAACCUUACACAUUUUCUAACAACACUGGGAAGGCCGAAUUCGAUGGUAUACUACUACCACAAUAAUUAACCACAAUCCCACCAACAAAAUUCAAAAUAACAACAACUUACCUCACUUGAAUCCCUAAGAUAGGAGGAGAGCGGAGGGAACUCGUCUUGUAUUCUACAAACCUCCGGAUCAGCACACCAGACCUGAAAAUAAAGAACAUAUUAUGGAACAUCAUAUUUAAUUAAAACUUUAUCAAACCUCAAUACAA